AUGAAGGCAGUGUAUUGGACAUUCCUGCUCCUCUCAGUCAGUACAGCUUCACUGGCAGACGAGAGGUCUAUGAGAAGUAAGAGAAGUGUAGUUAACCUUGCUGGCGUCAUCAAAUGCACCACAGACAGGCUGGCCAUAUCCUAUGUGGGUUAUGGAUGCUAUUGUGGGCUCGGAGGUAAAGGCUGGCCCAUAGACAACACAGACUGGUGUUGCCACGAGCACGACUGCUGCUACCAAAAUGUGGUAGCUGCAGGCUGCAAGACACUGACUAACAACUAUCGUUGGACUUGCAAAAACCACCAGGUUAUCUGUGAUUCCAUCAAUGACCGAUGUGACAAAAUGCUCUGCAAGUGUGACAGCGAACUUGCCCAGUGUAUAAGAAAAGCCCCUUACAACUCAAAGUAUGCCUUGUGGCCAAAUGAUCGAUGUGGCUCUAAAUAUCCUACCUGCAAAAAGUAA